UGUUGAUUACAAGACGUCUUGGCGUAUAAGAUUGCCUCCCUUGCCUUCAUUCAAGCACAAAGCAAAACCGAGAACCGACAAGGGCUCUUGAAGGAAUCUUGAACUUUGAACAUAUGCUACUUGAAGGAGAUGCGAGGUCAAAGGACUGAUGUAGAGCAGCUUCUCAGACAGUCACAGACUGAACUGCUGUGGAUCCAGCGACAGCUGUCAAUCAUAGCAGCACGAGAUGCCAUUCAUCCUUGUGCCCAAAAUAAGCAGUUAGAGGUCAACGAUCGGAGGAAAAGGUGUCAGAUCCUUGAGAGAGAAGUGAAGAACAAGGCAUUAGUAUGUAAGACUUUGAAGAAUGAGCUUCAGGAUGCUUUGUUGGAGAGAAAACGGCUCAAUCGUGAGCUGCUUAGUCACAUCCUGAAGGCUGCACAGUACGAGAAGGUAAAGUCAGACUAUGAUCAGCUCAGAAAGGCCUUUGGUUGUGUGAGUCAAGAGAGAGACUUGGCCAGGCAGGAGAAGGCUCAGCUCCAAGACAAACUGGAGAACCUUGAGCGAGUCCUAAAGCAUAUGCGAGAGGCUGCGGAUCGGCGGCAGCAACUGGAGGCAGAGCAUGAGCAGGCCCUGGUGUUCCUCAACUCCAGACAGCAGGAGAUCAGCCUUCUGCAGAAGGUUCAAGCUGAAACUGAGAAAGAGCGUGAAGAAGUGGUGCAUCUGCUAGAGAGCCAUAUGGACAAAAUGCAGGUCAAGGUUCAUGACUUAGAGCAGAAAUGCCGGACACAGAGUGAGCAGUGCAAUAUUUUGUCAAAAAAGCUGGAGAAAUAUCACCUGGGGUCAGACACGGCAGAUACGCUCCACAUUGACUCACAGGAGAACAGUUACAACCGCCUGCAGCACCAGACAGAAAAAAGUGAUGAGAGAUCUGACGGAACUCCACUGGUCUCAGAAUUGCCCAUAGUACAGCAACACAAGAUUGACAAGCCAGAGCAGCUGUCGGUCAAACCCACCUUCCAAACCCAGAGUCGCUCCAGCAGCCCCAUGCAAGCAUCCCUCUCAGAGAUGGAUGAUGAGGUGAGACCAGCUCCAAGAACCAAGGCAAGAUACACAGGUCAGGUCCGCCUCUGCACUGCCCGCUACAGUUAUAAUCCCUAUGAUGGACCUAAUGAGCAUCCAGAAGCAGAGCUCCCUCUUGUGGCAGGGAAAUACUUGUACGUAUAUGGGAGCAUGGAUGAUGAUGGAUUUUAUGAAGGAGAGCUGUUGGAUGGGCAGCGUGGCCUGGUUCCCUCUAAUUUUGUGGAGUUUGUCCAGGACAAGGAAAAGCCAUCUAUCGACGGAGAAGAGGAGCAGGGCAGGCUGGAGCAGAGCUGUCUGAGCCUGACUGCCAUAGAUGGAGCUGCUCCUCUAGACAGCCUUAGCAGUGAUGCCCUCGGCCACUGCAGCAACGGGACAGGCACUCUGGACCGAGAGGAGCUGGGCGACAACAUCGUGCCUUACCCUAGGAAGAUCAACCUGAUCAAACAGCUGGCAAGAAGUGUGAUAGUGGCCUGGGAAGCGCCUCUGGUGCCCCUCGGUUGGGGCAACAUCAACGGCUACAAUAUCUUAGUGGAUGGGGAAGUACGUUCCUCUGUGCCAUUUGGGGCCAGGACCAAACUGCUUCUUGAGAAGCUAGACUUGGCUGCUUGUACCUACCGUGUGUCGGUACAGAGCGUGACGGACAGGGGUCUUUCCGAUGAGUUGCGCUGCACCUUGCUGGUGGGCCGCAAUGUUGUGGUGGCCCCCACUGGCCUGCGCAUGGACGACAUCUUGCGGGACUCCGCUGAACUUUCGUGGCUGCCCAGUAAUAGUAACUACUCACAUGUUGUGCACUUAGAUGGUGUGGAGCAUGCUGUGGUCAAGCCGUGCUCUUACAAACUGCGUUUUGUGAACCUGAAGGCCGCCACAGUGUACAAGGUAAAAGUGUUGGCCAAACCUCACCAGGUGCCCUGGCACAUGCCCCUGGAGCAGAGAGAGAAGAGAGAGGCUGGGGUGGAGUUCUGCACCCAGGCUGCAGGACCCCCUCUUCCUCCUCAAGAAGUCCAGGUCCAGUGUGGACACGCCCCAGGGGUCCUUCAAGUGCGUUGGAAGCCCCCUCUAAUGACACCUAUGGGAACCUCCAAUGGUGCAAGUGUCAUUGGCUAUGCAGUGUGCACUAAGGGUCAGAGGAUCGCGGAGGUGUUGUAUCCAAUGGCAGACUAUGUGGCAGUAGAGCUGAACCGUCUACAGUGCUUGGAGGCCCGUGAAGUUAUCGUCAGGACUUUAUCAGCACAAGGGGAAUCUCAAGACUCCCAUGUCGCCGUCAUUCCAAACCACCUGCUGGUGCCUCCUCCUAAAGCCCUCCCUCCUUCUCACCACAUGCAGUCCUCUCUCCCACCCCAGCAGUCCCAAACGAUGCCUCCCCAUCCCCAAAUACGGUCCCUUCCACCUCACCCUGGACCCCAACCCCUCACCGUUCGACCCAACCAGCCCCCAUCUCACCUCCAUCCCCACCGUAUGCCCCAUCCCACACAGCCCUCUCCACCUCACCUCCAGCCUUUACAACCACACCCAAUCCCUCAACCUCAGCACACCAUGCAAAUGCCCCAGCCUCAAUCGUCUAUGCCCCAACCCCAGCAGCCCAUGCCUAUGCCUCAACCCCAGCAGCCCAUGGCCAUGCCCCAACCCCAGCCGCCCAUACCCAUGCUCCAUCCCCAGCCAGCUAUCCCGAUGCCCCAGCCUCACAUUCCUCAACUGGCCCUUCCCCAAUCCCAAAGACCACUAAGUGCCAGAGAGCUGGAAACCAAAGAGCCAGGGCCAGGAAUGAUUAAUCAUGGAGGGGGCCCACCUCAGCCAUGGGAGCCCGGAUGCUCCCCAUCAGGCAUGCCCACAGGCCUGCAACACGGACACACCCUGGAUGCCCCGGCCUGCCCGAACCGCCGUUCCCCGUCACCUCAAAGGAUCCUCCCUCAGCCCAGGGGUACGCUUAUUCCUGACACUGUGGCCAAGGCUAUUGCCAGAGAGGCAGCCCAAAGAGUGGCUGCAGAGAGUGGACGGAUGGAGAGGAGAAGCCAGGGCUUUUACUCACAAAAUUCAGAUGAGGAAGAGGAUGAGGAAAGCUAUCAGGCCCGCAGAAGUGGAGCAUCUGUGGAUGACUUCCUCAGGGGCUCAGAGCUGGGCAGGCAGUCUCAUUACAGUCACAGUGAGGAGUAUCAUACGGACAGCAGUCGAGGCUCGGACCUCUCAGACAUCAUGGAAGAGGACGAGGAGGAGUUGUAUUCUGAAAUGCAGCACGAAGAAGGCAGGCGACGAAACUCCCACAAUGCACUUAAGACCGGAGGCAGUACUCAAUCUUCGAGUCAGCUGGAUCGGGACUCAUACCGGAAGCCAUCUCACCGAGGUCCUCAACCUCAGCGCCGACCCCUCACGGUCCCAUCCAUUGAGAUAACCACUGAGAGUAACAGUGAAGGGAACCUCUCUCCCGUCAAGGAGGAUGUUUACUAUGGCAGUGUAGCACGGCACAGGACAUGUUCCUCCCGGAGGCACGGGGGACGCAGGCCUCCUUAUGAUGGAUACAGGGACCGAUGCCGGCGUUCUCCUCCGUACUAUGAUGAAUCUGAGCAGGAGGAGCCGUUUCGAAUCUUUGUGGCCCUCUUCGACUAUGACCCUCUCUCCAUGUCCCCUAACCCUGACGCAGCUGAUGAGGAACUCCCUUUUAAAGAGGGUCAGAUUAUAAAGGUGUAUGGCGAUAAGGAUAAUGAUGGCUUUUAUCGUGGGGAGAUCCGAGGCAGGUCUGGACUUAUUCCCUGUAACAUGGUGUCGGAAAUCCGUGCUGAGGAUGAUGAGACCAUGGAGCAGCUCAUGAAACAAGGAUUUCUCCCUCUCAAUACCCCUGUGGACAGAAUUGAACAAAAUAGGAGAGGUCGCCACCCAGUGGCCACAAGAAGAAUGGUUGCCCUGUACGACUACGACCCCAGAGAGAGCUCCCCAAAUGUGGAUGUUGAGGCUGAACUGACGUUCUGUGCUGGUGACAUCAUUGCUGUUUUUGGGGAUAUAGAUGAAGAUGGCUUCUAUUAUGGUGAGCUGAAUGGACAUCGGGGCUUGGUUCCAUCAAACUUUCUUGAAGAAGUGCCUGAUGACGUGGAGGUCUAUCUGACGGACACUCCCUCCCAGCACGGUCAGGACGAGCCCAAUCCGGUACCGGCUCCGCGCCCAGAGGCCAAACGGGUGCCUGUGGAAAGUACAGUGCCAGCUCCGGCCCCUGGAAGACCCGCCUCUCCCACUGUGCGUCCUUUGCUUCCUGUUGGCCCAGUCAGGGCGCUGAGCCCAGCCAGGGGUCCACGAGACCUGGCGUCUAAAAAGAAAAAAGGUCUGCUCUCUAAGGGGAAGAAACUGCUCCAAAAGUUCUCAAAGUAAAAGUAUGAGUUUGAUUUCAAAUUCAUAUGACUACAACAACAUACAGAUUUCUAUCUCAAAAGGGAAACAGCCAAUCCCCAAUGUGUCAAUAAAAACUAGGAUUU